AAGGCCCUGAGGUGCCUGGCCGGGCGGGGAGCUGCUCCGGGACCUGCUGCUUUCCAGGUGAGACAGGGAAACCGGGCCACUUGAGUCACCGCCUCGUCACCUCCCUGCCAGGUUAUGGUACCAGCACUUAUGCUGCUGAGAGGAGGUGGAGAAGGUUGCUGUGCUCACAGACGUGGGAUGCUGUUCCCUGCGCUCCUGGCCAUGCAGGGCAUUAUGGGUGCCCUGUACCGUGUGGUCAUCACUUCCCUGGGUUUGCUCAGCGGCCCCCUCUGUGACAUGGGCAGUGGAAACUACAGCUACCCUUUCAGGACCGCCUCCCUGGAGAACAGCUACUUAUUCACCCAGCCCACCUGGGCCACCUGCCGAGAGCCCGAGCACAUUGUCCCCUGGACUGUCGUGGUGGAAGCUGCCCUUUGCCGCAGCCGAGUUGUCAGUGGACCCUGUCUUGUCUUCUGUGGUACCUGUGUCCAAAAAAGACAGGUCGGUGCUUCUUAGAACCCAGGAAUUCUCAAGUCAUUUCCCCUGCCCUGUCCCUCAUCUCUUCCUGACCCCAUACUUCCAGAGGGAAUCCAGGAACCAGGAAAUGCCUUUCGAAAUGUAGAACUUGUGCAGUGUUGGUGGAAGAGCGGUGAGCAUAGCUGCCUUCCAAGCGGUAGAACUCCAUUUGGCACUUCGGGCUUCAUUUUCUCUCAGGUGAACAUAACUGGCUUAUGACCAGCCUAAGAAAUCGCAACUGAUUGGCAGAGUUCCCCAGGUUCAGAAGGACUGGAUUUGGUGAAUGCCAAUCCACACGGUUCUGAGGAGCUGAGGAAAAGUUCCCCAUUGUCAUGAAAGUCAAGAUUUUCAAUCUUCUUUUGCAAGAAGCAAGGUUGUUCUUUCCCCCCAAAUGAUCUCAAAGAAUGAUAUAAGAAGUCAUAGGACUGUAAAUAAUUUAAAAAAUUUUAAGUAAUAACAUAGUAAUAGUCGCUUAAAUGUAUUCAGUCGUUACUAUAUCCCAGGCCUAGUGCUAAGCACUUGCUGUACAUUAUUUCAGUUAAUUUUAUAAAGCAAGUAGCCUUAUAAUGCCAUCUUAGAGAUGAGGAAGCUCAGGCUCAGAGAGGUUCAGUUACUUGUCCAAAGUCAAUA